AUGACUGAGAAGCCUUUCAUAAUCUUCGUCCUAGGACCACCAGCAUCCGGGAAAGGGACGUUAGGUAAACGGCUGGCAGCCGCCCACAACCUCCAUCACCUCUCCGUCGGGGACUACCUCCGAUAUCUUAUCCAAGGCCCCCUAAAGGACCAGGCGGACAUCGUCGACGCCGUGCGCUCGGGUGGCACGCGCGGGCUGGUGUCCGGCGAAGUCAUCGUCUCGCUCUUGAUAGACAAGAUCAAGGAGGAGAUGAGGAGAGGACAGGGGGCCUUUCUGCUGGACGGCUUCCCGCGGAACCUGGAGCAGGAAAAGGCGUUUCGGGAAAUGAUGAAGGCCGAGUUUGCCACCCACACGACACCGGACUUGACUCUCUUGAUCUCGUGUCCGAGGGAGAUUGCGCGGGCUCGGUAUCUCGAGCGCAAGCGAGGAGACGACAGCGUUGAGCUGUUUGACAAGAGAUAUUCCGACUACGAGCAGCGGGACAGCAUGGUUGUGGAUCUGUACCGAGAGAGCUUGAUCGAGGUCAAAGCUGAAGCGGGCGUGAGCGUCGACCAGUCGUACACAAUGUUGAUAGAAGAGCUGUCUGGUCGGUCGCCAUGGCAGGAGGUCCUCUCCAGGAGGGACAACGCUGGCGUGUAA